GCGCAUCCAAGUUCCAACUGAGGACAACAAACAGUCAAGAAAGAGAUGGCGUGGGUCCAAAGCGGCGCUCAGCUUGGAGAGCUCUUCUACGCAAUCGCGAGGCUGAGCACCCACCUUGCGUUCCCGGCGAGACUCUACCCCACGGUGGAAGUCGGAGGCCACUUCGGCGGCGGGUUUGGAACUCUGGUCAGAAAGUACGGCCUGGCCAUAGAUAAUGUGAUCGAUGAUUACCUCAUAAUUCUCGCAGUAGGAUUAUGAACAGAAAGGCCAUGGGAGAAGAGGUUUUCUGGGCGAUUAGAGGAGGCGGAGCGGGAAGCUUUGGGAUCGUGCUGUCGCUCCGUUGGAUUGCUGCGAACCAAUUGAUAAAUUGAUGCCCAGAUCUCAAACUAAACCCCCCAAAUCCUCCCCUGUUUAAUACCCACCGAUUCUCCAUCUCCCCCAAUAGAUCCAUUCGCGCACGCCGCCGCCUCGACUUUCUCCCCCACCCUAUGCUUUUGCAAAAAACAAGAUGGGUAUAUCUCCCUGCCCUCGUCGUAAUCGACCUCUGCAGCCUAUUCUUUGCUUUAAUAGGUUUUAAUUUGUUUACUGGUUCUGAUUUUUAGAUGAAGAAAGCGGUCACAGCGCCGGGGAGGAGAGAUUUUGCCAUUUUUUAUGAUUUUUUUUUAAUUUCUGAUGUGGAUGCUGAUGUGGACGCUGAUAAAACGUCCCGACCUUUUUCAAAAAAUCAAACCACAACUCAAACCCAAAACCGGUUACUCCAGAGCAACCAAACCACUUUUUAAAUAAACAAACUGACAUUAUUUAAGAAGUUCAAACGAAAAGCCCUAACACUUGGGCAACCAAAAUCCAAAUACUUAAACAACUUAACCCAGCAUCUUGAACCUUGAAUCUCCAGUACAUAUACUCAUAGUCAUAAUCAUAAAAUAACUUUCAAGCUUUAACUCUAACUCUUCACCCAGCUCCUUGACAUCUCACUAGUACUGGCACGGCCGGUCACCUCAUCUUACUUCUUCUCGGGAUACACUUCCGCUAACUCAACCUCAACCUGGUGAGUGAGAAGGGGUCAGUUUCGUCGUUACUUCCUAAGGUCUCUGCCCUUAGAAAUCUCCUUACUAAAACACGUUAUUAGCUUUUCCUUUCCUUAGAUGAAAGUCGUUCUCACUUUCAUCCUUAAUAACUCAUUUCAACUUUAACUCAUAGAGGUUCUCAACUUUUAUCCUUAAAUCAUAGAAAUUCUCUACUACUACCUUAACUUAUAUACUUAUUACUAGGGAAUCACCGCGUUACGUAUCGCCGUCCGGUGUCCCUAUCCUCAAGGCAAUGGUACUGCGUUACGUAUCGCCGUCCAGUCCAUGCCCGGUCAACUACUGCGUUACGUAUCGCCGUCCAGUAGUGACCCGACCAUCUACCGCGUCCAGUAGUGGCCCAACCGCCCGGUGGUUCAAUUAUCCUCUCAUCAUCCAUACAUCACAAACACAUACAUACAUAGCACAACGCGUGCCUCCACCUUAAGUAGGCGGUGGGAUGCCUCACACACAUAAUCGCGCUUACUUGAAAAUUAAAUAACAUAACUGAAUUAAAAAGGCAUAAAUUAAAAGACCUCGACGGAGAUUUUACCCCCUUUACACUCACCUUAUUAUUCGAAUCGAUUGGCUCGAAUUCACUGAAGUCGUUCUCUUCAAUCUCCAUUCCUUCUCUAGUAAUGUGAUCUCGUACUCCUCUUUCCCUAAAAAAAACAUUCAUGUACCCCCUAAAAUGAUCACAAAGUCACCCAUAUAACAUCCUAUAUUGUUAUACCGUGUCUAUUUAUCUAAAACUUCAAAGUAGAUGGUCCAGUUUGUGAAUCCCCACAUUGAAAUAGCUCUGCUUUAGUCCCUAAGCCUCGUUAGCUUAAUACCAGUACCCGUAGCCACUUAGGUGUGCACCGUGAAAGAUAAGUGAUCUAGUCUAAUUCCAAUACCCACUGUCAAACCCAUAUAAUCAUGGUAUUCAUUUAAAGAGGAUCUUCCAUGUUAAGCAUACUCCAUUCACGUGUCUCAAACUCCAUGCAUAAGGAUCCAAAUUAGUAUUUUAGCUUAAUUAUGUGCCAAAACACUACCAUUAGGCAAGACAUGCACGUUUUCCCCUAGAUCCUAGGAUAGAGCCACUUUUGAUAAAGCAUGCCAUCGAUA